AAUUUUAUCGACCAUCGGCUGAUCGACUGGUGGAACCCUACGUUGCACGAGGCUAACGGUACCAGAUUAGCAACGCUGCGCUUGCUGUGAUAUGGAUUCGUACGAUGUUAUAACUAAUCAGCCAGUUGUCAUUGAUACUGGUACUGGCAUUCUCAAAGCGGGGUUUGCGGGUGAUCAAGUUCCAAAAUAUAGAUUUCCAAACUACAUCGGGCGUCCUAAACACUUACGCGUGAUGGCCGGGGCCCUUGAAGGUGACGAAUUUAUUGGCCCAAAGGCUGAGGAACACCGGGGCUUGUUGAGCAUACACUAUCCAAUCGAACACGGGAUAGUUCGGGAUUGGAAUGACAUGGAGCGCAUUUGGGCUUACGUUUAUGGCAAAGACCAGCUCAUGGUGAGCAGUGAAGAGCAUCCUGUGUUACUCACCGAACCACCAUACAACCCUAGGCGGAAUAGAGAAAAGAUGGCCGAAAUAUUCUUUGAAACCUUCAGCGUUCCUGCACUCUAUAUAUCAAUGCAAGCUGUCCUUAGCCUGUACUCCACAGGCCGAACCACUGGUGCAGUUCUCGACUCCGGCGACGGAGUCACACACGCAGUUCCCAUCUAUGAAGGCUAUGCCUUACCUCAUUCUAUCAGGCGAAUCGAUUUGGCCGGUCGUGAUAUCUCUCGCUAUUUGUGUUUACUGCUUCGAAAGGAGGGUAUUGAUUUUCACACAAGCUCUGAAUUCGAGAUUGUCCGACAAAUAAAAGAGCGUGCUUGUUUCAUCACUCUUAACCCGAGUAAAGUGGAGGCAAUCGAAGCGAAAGUUCAGUACCCCCUUCCAGAUGGCUCCACUUUGGAUAUCGGCCCGGCCCGAUUCCGUGCACCCGAGCUGCUCUUCAGGCCUGAACUGUGCGGUGAAGAAUUUUCUGGCAUUCACGAGGUUCUCUACCAAUCCAUUUGCAAGGCGGACAUGGAUCUCCGUCGCACAUUGUACGAGAAUAUUGUGCUUUCUGGCGGGUCAACUUUGUUUAAAGGAUUUGGUGACCGUCUGGUGUUGGAACUUAAACGUCUUGCUCCCAAGGAUGCCCGUCUACGAAUCUCGGCUCCACAGGAGCGUCUUUAUUCCACCUGGAUAGGUGGAUCGAUUUUGGCAUCCCUGGAUACGUUCAAGCGCAUGUGGAUCUCAAAACGCGAAUACGACAGUGAAGGGUGUCGUGUGUUGCACCGAAAACUCUUCUGACCUAGUUCUCAGAUGAAGCUAUUCACCACGCUACUCGCCUCCCACAUGCUGCAUUCCGUCUGCAUUGUGUGCACACAUCAGCUCCGGGGAACCUGCUCACCUCGUCCACUGGUCCUUUCCACCGCCUUAUUUGCGCUGUGUGUAUCUCUUUUUCCUGCUCUCGACUUCAUUGGUCUUCUGUUACUCAUGCGCAUGGUGCAAUUUGCGGUCUCACUCUGUGUGUCGUUUAUACCGCAUUUCCAUGACCACUGAAUUAAACCGGUACACUUACGUUGCCCCUCCCGCUUCCUGGUGACAUCUUUUCACUUCAAAAUGACAGAAUUAUUUGUUACAAGUCCCCCUCACCUUGGUAAUGAAAAUCAGGUAUGCACUUUUAUGGCGUUGAAUUACGGUUCCGGUGUUACUCGGUUUUCCAUAUCGGUGGCUGUUUUAUGAUCAAUUUAUAUUGUCUCUCCGUCUUUGCCUCACAUCACCAUUUGCACCGGAUUUGGCUGGACAUCAUUACUAUCAGUUUGACUUCCAGACUAACGAGCACGCCUGUUGCACAUAUCCGUCUUUAUCAAAUAUAUGAGAAUCUAAUUGAUCUUUGGGUGA